CCGAACAGUACUGUCGCGAUUUGAAUAUCGUGCUGCUUUUCAAAUUCAAGUGAAAGGGCAGCUACUCUUCGGAUUGUGGUCGCUUUUACACUGCCUGUUAGUGUACCAUGGCUUCUAAGCCCCAUCCUCCUUUGAUGAAGAAACACAGUCAGUCAGACCUGGUGAGCCGGCUGAAGACCAGGAAGAUACUUGGGGUUGGAGGAGAGGAUGACGAUGGAGAGGUGCAUAGGUCAAAGCUCAGUCAGAUGUUGGGGAAUGACAUCAAAUAUCAGGUACGAGAGCCUGUUGGACUGAGGGUCUGGAUCCUCAUCUCUGCAGUAGUCUUCACAGUCAUGGCCUUGAUGGCCCUGGUGUUGCCCAAGCAGCUGUAUGACAUAGUGUUUGAAGAGGAGAUCAACAACACCAGUGUCUCCAUCAGACUCUAUGGGGGAGCACUGCUCAGUCUGUCCCUCAUCAUGUGGAAUGGUGUCUAUACACAAGAGAAGAUCAUCAUCCAGUGGACUCUGCUCAGUGAAGCAUGCUACUUUGCCAUCCAGUUUUUAGUUACGUCAGUCACUCUAGUGGAGAUAGGCUCGUUGCCCAACGCUGCAAUCUUCCUCCUCCUCAGCCGAGUAAUCUUCCUCCUUGUCACUCUGCUCUACUACUACUACCUGGGCAGAGGACGACCCAAGAAGAUCUGAUGGCGAGGGGAACUUUGCUUCCAGAUUUGGGCUCAGAGGGAGGUGGGGUGUAUUGAGGGAGGCAGGUAGCCUAGUGGUUAGAGCGUUGGGCCAGUAAAUGUUGCUAGAUCAAAUCCCCGAGCUGACAAGGUAAACAUCUGUUUUCUGCCCCUGAACAAGGCAGUUAACCCACUGUUCCUAGGCCAUCAUUAUAAAUAAGAAAUUGUUCUUAACUGACUUGCCUUUAAAAUUAAGGUUACAUUUUAAAAAAUGUAAUGAGUUUAAAGUGUAGAAAUGUAAUGUGCAGUGGUGGAAAAAGUACUACAUUUACAUACUUGAGUAAAAGUAAAGACACAAUAGAAAAUGACUUAAAUGAAAGUCACACAGUAAAAUACUACUUGAGUAAGUCUAAAAGUAGCUGGUUUUAUAUGUACUUAAGUACAGUGGUGGAACAAGUACUCAAUUGAGUAAAAGUAAAUUCUAUAUAUCAAAUGACUUAUAAUAAGCAAACCAGACGGCACAAUGAUCGCAUUGAAAAGACUGGUCUGAUUGUGUUCAUUCUGGCUGAAUGCGUUGCCUGCGGAUUUCUCCUCAGUCUGGACACAAUCAGGCUACUGAAGGCGCAUAUAGUGGGUGACGUGAUCAGCACUCCUCACACAAGUCUCCAGAAAACGUAUGUUUUGGGACCGAGGCACCGUUUCAUUAUAAAGAUAGUGUUUGCUGGCCUCAUAAAUGCUAGCCAGCUAGCUAAUAUUUAGAAAAACUGUUUUUGCCUGGCUAGAGUUAUGCUAACCCGUUUGCAAUCCCUUUAGAGUAGCUUGCUGGCUAGUUACAGAGGUUAGCUACCGUAGUUAGCUAUUGCCAUCAGUUGUGGUGUCAUUGUCGUAUUUGGCCUAUUCCACCGUUUGUAGAAUGCAUACUGGCAUGUGCAUAUAGUGCGGGGAAAGGGAAUCCGGAGACACUGUGGACACAGUCGACACAUAUACAUUGCAUUCGGAAAGUCUUCAGACCCCUUGACUUUUUUCACAUUUUGUUACGUUACAGCCUUAUUCUAAAAUGGAUAAAAAAAAUAAUAAUCCUAAUCAAUCUACAUACAAAACCCCAAACACAUUUUAGAAAUGUUUGCAUAUGUAUCCAAAAAAAAGUUUCAUAUUACAUUUAGAUAAGUAUUCAGACCCUUUCCUCAGUACUUUGUUGAAGCACCUUUGGCAGCAAUUAUAGCCUUGAGUCUUCUUGGGUAUGACGCUACAAGCUUGGCAAACCUGUAUUUGGGCAGUGUCUCCCAUUCUUCUCUGCAGAUCCUCUCAAGCUCUGUCAGGUUGGAUGGGGAGCGUCGCUGCACAGCUAUUUUCAGGUCUUUCCAGAGAUAUUUGAUCAGGUUCUAGUCUGGGCUCUGGCUGAGCCACUCAAGGACAUUCAGAGACUUGUCCCGAAGCCACUCCUGCGUUGUCUUGGCUAUGUGCUUAGGGUUGUUGUCCUGUUAGGUGAACCUUCGACCCCAGUCUGAGGACCUGAGCACUCUGGAGCAGGUUUUCAUCAAGGAUCUCUCUAUACUUUGCUCCGUUCAUCUUUCUCUUGAUCCUGACUUGUCUCCCAGUCCCAGCCGCUGAAAAACAUCCCCACAGCAUGAUUCUGCCACCAUGCUUCACCGUAGGGAUGGUGCAAGGUUUCAUCCAGAUGUGACGCUUGUUAUUCAGGCCAAGGAGUUCAGUCUUGAUUUCUUCAGACCAGAUAAUCUUGUUUCUCAUGUUCUGAGAGAGUCUUUAGGUGCCUUUUGGCAAACUCCAAACAGGCUGUCAUGUGCCUUUUACUGGGUAGUGGCUUCCAUCUAGCCACUACCAUAAACGCCUGAUUGGUGGAGUGCUGCAGAGAUGGUUGUCCUUCCGGAAGGUUCUCCCAUCUCCACAGAGGAACUCUAGACCUCUGUCAGAGUGACCAUCACCUCCCUGACCAAGGCCCUUCUCCCCCGAUUGCUCAGUUUGGCUGGGCGGCCAGCUCUAGGGAGAGUCUUGGUGGUUCCAAACUUAUUCCAUUUAAGAAUGAUGGAAGCCACUGUGUUCUUGGGGACCUUUAACGCUGCAGAACUUUUUUAGUACCCUUCCCCAGAUCUGUGCCUCACCACAAUCCUGUCUCGGAGCUCUACGGACAAUUCCUUCUACGUAAUGGCUCUGGUUUUUGCUCUGGCAUGCACUGUCAACUGUGUGACCUCAUAGACGGGUGUGUGCCUUUCCAAAUCCUGUCCAAUCAAUAUCAUUUACCACAGGUGGACUCCAAUCAAGUUGUAGAAACAUCUUAAGGAUGAUCAAUGGAAACAGGAUGUACCUGAGCUCAAUUUAGAGGCUCAUAGCAAAGUGGCUGAAUACUUAUUUAAAUAAGAAUUUUGUAAAAACUUGUUCUUGCUUUGUCAUUAUGGGUUAUUGUGUGUAGAUUGAUGAGGGGGGAAAAUGUAAUCCCUUUUAUAAUAAGACUGUAACAUAACAAAAUGUGGAAAAGGUGGAGGGGUCUGAAUACUUUCCGAAUACACUGUAAGUGUAGACACGUGACGCGUUCGGAAUUCCAUGAUCAGAAUCAUAAAGCUGCAUGAAGUUGUCAAGUCUAGACACGACCUCAGACAUCAUUUACAAACACAGUGUUUAGUGAGUCCGUCAGCAGAUCAGAGGCAGUAUGGAUGACAACGUGUUAUAUUGAUAGGUGUGUGAAUUGGAACACAUUGCUAUCCUGCCUGAGCUUUUGAAAUUUGGGUAAAAUGUACAUUUUUUCAGGAAUGUAGUGGAGUAGAAGUUGUAAAAAUAUAAAUAGAUGCCCUCAAAAAUUACUUAAGUAGUACUGUAAAGUAUUUUUACACCACUGGUAAUCUGUACGGCUGACAUGCUUUACGUAAGUCAUGACAGACACUAAUGCCUGGUCUACACAAUAUAUUUCUAUCUGAAAGUACUGUGACGUUAUGUCCUCCUGAACAGGGAUGUAGGAGGGGCUUGGUGCGUGUAUGGGUUAUUAUAUGCAUCCAGCCCCUUGCUAUACUAGACCCCAGAUUUGAUUAUCACCACAGCAGUCAACACAUGGUGGUGUCAUAAUCUGUUCUGUACAUGGAAAUGAGAAAGGGUCUGAUUGUGAAAAUGUACAAAGAGAUUAAGUCAUGCUCCUCCAAAUACUGUACACUACUUGUGUGUGGAACAAGAUUCAGAGUAAAAAAGGUUGUCGUUGUAAAGAAGGGGCAGACAUUUGCAGUAAGGUUGUUCUGGUACUGUACCUCCCAGCCUACCUGUCAUGUGACUUAGUGUGUGUGUCACAAAUAAUACCCUAUUUCCUAUAUAGUGUACUACUUUUGACAAGAGAGCUAUAGGCCCUCAUCAAAAGUAAUGCACUAUAGGAAAUAGGGUGCCACUUGUAAUAGGCCCGAGAUGUACAGAGUAAAUUGAAACACUAGGCUGUGUUUUUAUGUCCAGUAAUUUUGCUUUGUUUUUAAAUUGCAGUAUUGAGUGUGCUCUGAUCUGUGGGUAGAGUUACAUUUUGAACAUGCUGUGACUUCAAGGACCAAGAGUUUUUUUACUUGUGUUUACAUUUGUUUUUCUCAAUUUUUAUGGUGUUGGUGAAGUUUUUACUGUGCAUGAAGUGAAUUCUGUAUACAUUUUCUCUCUCUCUCUUAUCACUUUCUAUCAGUCCUCCAAAUUAAACACAGAAUGUCACGACA